UAUAAGGCAGGUCUGUUUCGGUGUCACUGUUCAGAGUUGCUCUCAGAAUAUGGGACCAAAACAGACUCACAUGCACGAAGUCCAGCAGGCCAGCUUUCUGCUGAGAGCUGCUCUGCUGUCCAUCCUGCUGAGUGGCCUGCAGCACGUGCUGGCAGACUCAGAUGAGGAGGCCCUGACUGAGUGGGAGAUCUGGAAAAGCAGAUAUGGCAUAAGCUAUGAUGAAUUAGAUGACAUGGAAAGGAGAGUCAUCUGGGAGGAGAAUAAGCAGCUGAUUGAAGACAACAACCGAAGGUUUCUCAUGGGGAUGAAGUCAUUCAGUAUGGCUAUGAAUAGAUAUGGAGACCUAACACAACAAGAAUACCGGGUUUUGCAAGGUGCCAAGAUGAAUGCUCAAUUUGUAAAGAGAGGGAAAGAAGUCUCAGCUCGAAGACUGCGUAACAGUGCAAGGCAUUUAGAUGGCUAUGCUGUUGACUACAGAAACAUGGGUUUUGUGACUGAGGUUAAAGAUCAGGGCUUUUGUGGGUCAUGCUGGGCCUUCAGCACUACGGGAGCUAUAGAGGCACAGCUGUACAAAAAGACAGGUCAGCUGAUAUCCUUGAGCGAACAAAACUUAGUGGAUUGUUCUAAAUCCUUUGGUACCUAUGGGUGCAGUGGUGCCUGGAUGGCCAAUGCUUAUGACUAUGUGGUCAGCAACGGGCUGGAGUCUUCAAACACCUACCCAUACACCUCAGUGGACACUCAGCCCUGUUUCUACGACAGCAAGCUUGCAGUUGCUCACAUCAGGGACUACAGGUUCAUUCCCAGGGGAGAUGAGCAAGCUAUGGCUGAUGCUCUGGCAACUAUUGGACCAAUAACAGUUGCUAUUGAUGCAGAUCAUGCAAGCUUCCUGUUCUACAGCUCAGGAAUAUAUGAUGAGCCCAACUGCAACCCCAAUAAUCUGAAUCAUGCAGUGCUGCUGGUCGGCUAUGGCUCACAAGAAGGCCAAGACUACUGGAUCAUCAAGAACAGUUGGGGAACUGGUUGGGGUGAAGGCGGCUAUAUGCGAAUCGUCCGGAAUGGCCAAAACGCUUGUGGCCUUGCCAGCUACGCCUUGUACCCUAUUCUAUGAUUUAAUAAGAUGUGGCAGUCUCAAGGCUACGCUCUUCCAUUGGACCUCAUCUCCACAGAACAACAGUCAGUGCUCAUACAGCCCAAAUCACCUUUCUGACAGUUUAGUAAAUGUUUAUGAAAAGUUGAAACCUUUUAAUAAUGAACAUGUCGCUUCUCUCAGGGACAUCUUUGUGAGGUAAAUAAAUAAAUAUAAUAAAAUAACUUUUUUUAAAGGAAUGCAACCCUGUUUCCAAAAAUGUUUAGGCAUUGAGCAGAAUACAAUGAUUUACAAAUCACGUUAUGUUUGCAAUGUUAUUGCUCUUUGAAAAAUAUGUGAUUAAUGCCAGGGUCACCUUCAGCAACUCAAAAAAUUAGAGCCGCCUUUGAUAUUUUCACUGGCUGAUAGGACUAAACUGGAAGCAGACCAGUUUAGAUUUAAACUCUUGCUGUUGCAUUAUGUGCAAAAUGUAGUUUGUCAAAGUCUCACCUGAAACAGACAUCCUCUAGAUGGCGAUAUUGCUCCAAAACCUUUAGAUAUUGUCCAAAAUUAGUAGAGCCUUUGUCCCGUGCAUUAAUGCCCCCCACCCUCAACAUAUCAUCAUAUACUGGAUUUUGUUUUGUUUUUGUUGCCCUCCUUUUGUGUGACCUUCAUUCAUAGACCUUGUGUUAAACAUAAAUGUAGUUUCUUAGUCUGAAAAGUGAAUUCAGAGUGAAAGUAACUAAAAUCUCCAUUCUUUCUAACAGCCAGAAGGGGGCGACUCUUCUGGUUUAAAAAAGAACUCAAAAUUGUACGGAAGUCAGUAGGAAAAUGGUCCUCGGCUCCUGUGUUCUGUAACCUCAAUUAACACUUUCCUCAUGGAUUAAUGGGCUACCUUAUACACACUAACAUAUAGAUUUUGUAGAUUAGACCAUAUAAAGCAAAUCAGGGUACCCUGUGUAAGCAAUAUUAGUCACAGUUUAUUUGUAACUUUCAUUGCCAGACUGCAACUUUUUGUUAUUUUUGUUAGGCUGUAAUGAGAAAAAAUUGAAAAUCUAAAAAGAAAAAAACUGAGCCUGGCCUCAACAAGAAUCUGUGAACAAACAGAACAAAUGUAAUGGUUAUUUUAAAAGUGAGUGCAAAUAAAGCUUUUACAUCUGUGUUGUUUUUGUUUCUGUUUGAUAUUUUUGG